AUGCGCGCGGUGCUGACCUCGGGACCCAUCGCGGCCGCGGCCGCGCCGUGGGCGCGACGAAACGCGUCCUCGCCCGAACGGUGCGGCGCCGUCCUCGCGCGCCGUCCCCUCGGCUGCGCUCGACCGCGGCAUGCCGCGCGGUCGAAAUUGCUCAUAAUUCGCGCCGGGUGGAACGUUCCGGGGGAGGCUGACGACGAGGAGAACAACCGCCGCGCGUCUCGCGCGGCGACGACUGGGCCGUCGUCGACGACUGGGCCGUCGUCGACGACGGCGACGAUGCCGCCGCCACCCGCGCCGCCGGCGACUCUGCCGAACGCGGACGAGGCGUUCGCGGAGGAUGCGUUGCGACGCGCGGUGAGCGCUUGGGCGGAGCUUCACCCCGAGUCCGUCCUCGCGUCCGCGACCGGAGAGACGGAGCGGCAGCUCGCGGACGCGCGCGCGGCCGCGGACGUGGCGUCCAGGGAGCAGGGCAUCAGAGCGCACGAGGCGGAGCAGGACGCGAUGCGAUGGAAGGCGCAGUACGAAGAGAAGGAGCGCGACUUGGUCUUCGCGAAGGAGCAGCUCGAGGUCGCGCGAAGAAACGCGGACGCGGGGCUCCCGACCGGGCAAUACCGCGUCGAGGAAGAGCGGAGAGCCGCGGUGUUCGAAGCCGAGGCGCUCUUGCACCGGCUGAGGCAAGGCGAAGCGAGGGCGAACGCGGACGCGGAGGCGGCGGCGAGGGAGAUUGACUCCCUGCGCGCGCGUCUGAGGGAUUACGAAAACGGCGGCGGCGUCGGCGGCGACCUCGCCGCCGGGAACAACCGCGUCGCCGCGCUGCAAGCGGAGAUCGACAUGAAGGCCGGAGAGAUUCUUCACAUGCAAACGCAAGUCAAGCACGACACCGCGCGGUUGAAGCUCGAGCUCGACGCGGCGAAACGCGCGAUUCACGAGCGCGACGUCGCGUUGACGCAAUUCUCGACGGAGUACGACAAAGCCACCGCGGAUGCCUAUCGAUUCGCCGCGGACCUCUCGUCGACGUCGCACUCGUUAGACGAAGCGAGAGGGGUGAUCGUCGAGCGAGACCGGAUCAUCCAGGAGACCAACGACGAGCUCGGGACGAGGACGCACGACCUCGAAGAGCGCACGAGGGAGCGCGACGAAGCGCGGCACAACACGUGGGAACGCGAGCAAGACAUCGAAAACCUCACCAAGGAGCGAGACGAAGCGCGGCAUCACCUGUGGGAGCGCGAGCAAGAGCUCGACCGCACGAGACACGACCUCGAGCACGAACGCCACGUCAUCGGACAGCGGGACAACGAGCUCAAGGAGAAGCACGAGGAGCUCGUGAGGACGUACGGCGAGCGCGACGAGGCGAACGAUAAAGUUCGCGACCGCGACGGAUUGCUCGAACAGCGACAGCGCGAGAUCGACGGCAAGAACCACGAGCUCGAGGAGCGACGGAUCGAGCUCGAGCGCGCGCACGAGCACCACGAUCACGUCUCCAGGGACCUCGAGGCGCGCAUCGCGGACCUCGAGGCUCGCAUCAACGACGCGGAGGCGCAGCGCGACGCCCUCGGCGUGGAGCUCGCGGGCGUCGUGGCGGAGUUGGAGACGAAGACGCUCGUCGCCGACGUCGAGCAGCAUCGCGGGCUCGAGCUCGAGACUCGGCUCGUGGAGGCGUCCGCGAACCUGACGAGUCUGGACGCCGCGCGCGUCGCCGCCGCGACGGCCGCGAGCGAGGCGGCGGAGCGUUUACGGCUCGCCACGGAGGCGUUGCGGCAGAGCAAAGAAGCCGCCGCCGCCGCGGUUGACGCGGCGUCGAAAGAGGCGGAGCUCCGGGAAGCGAUCUCGCGGGCGGAGGAAGACGCCGCCGCGCAGGCUGCCGCGGCGUGGAACGCGCUCGACGGACCGGGAGACCAGGCGCGCGCGGAGAUCGAGCGGCUCGAGGGCGUCGUUCGGACGUUGGAAGGCGAGACGAACGACCUUCGCGAGCGAAUGAGGGUGGGGUACGAGACGUCGCAGCAAGAGCUCGCCGACGUGAAGGCGCAGGCGAACGCCGCCGCGGAGGAGGGCCGCGCGCGGAUCCGCGCGCUCGAGCAGAGCAUGCAUAACUGCGAUCCUAUCCCGGAACAUCUGCGCGUCGGCGGCGGCGGCGUCGGCGGCGGCGGCGGCGGCGGCGGCGAUUCGCAGCGCGAGAUCGAAGAGUUGCGCGAGCGGUUGCGCGUCGGAUACGAAGCCGCGCAGAGAGAGAUUCAAGACGUGAAGGCGCAGGCGAACGCCGCCGCGGAGGAGGGACGCGGGCGCAUCCGCGCGAUCGAGGAGCAGCUGGCACGAGGCGGCGGCGGCGACGGCGGCGAGGACGCGCGGCGCGAGAUUGAGGAAGUGCGCGCCGCGGCGGCGAGGGCGAAAGAGGAGGGCACGGCGAAGAUUCGCGGGUUGGAGCGGGAACUCGAAGAAUGCCGACGCGGCGCCGCCGACAACGCGCAGCCGGUCGCUUCCGACGGGCUCAAGCGACCGACGGACUUCACCGGGGCGAUCAAAGUGAAGAAGAGCUACGACUGGUAG